AUGGACCGCCGCCUCCUCAGGAGGGAUAUCCCCAAUACCCCCAGCAGUCUUAUGGUCAGCCUCCCCCACAAGGUUACUACCCCCCGCAAGGUCAAAUGCAAUAUCAACAACAGCCUCCUCCUCAGCAGAGUAGCGGCGGGGACGGAUGCUUCAAAGGGUGCAUCGCGGCUCUCUGCUGCUGCUUCGUGGGCGCCGAAUGCUGUGAAUGCUGCGCUGACUGCUGCGAAUGCUGCGCCGAGUGCUGUUAAGAGAGUGAGGACAGGCAUCGCCAUCUUGACCGUUGAAGACGGAUUUGAACACGAAUCUCCAAGGGAAAUUACUCUUGGAGCAACAUGGGCGCAAUGCAUGCGCAAUACCACACACAUGCGCACAACACACGGACACACCAAUACUCGAGAUUGA